CAUCUUAGACAGAGCACGAGCAAGUUGUUCAAACUCAAUUUCACCACUGUGUUUCUUCCAUGGCAUUAGAAAAUGGAGAAAAGUCUGAAGAGAGGUCAGGGCCAACUGGGAAGUAUAAGGUUGUUUUGAUGCUAAGGGUGAUGGCAAUUUUGGCUACUGCAGCUGCAACCAUUGUCAUGGCUCUCAACAAACAAACUAAAACCUUUGUGGUUGCCACUAUUGGGACUACACCUAUAUCUGCCACUCUCGCUGCCAAGUUUCAUCAUACUCCAGCUUUUGUGUUCUUUGUGGUAGCAAAUGGAAUGGCAACUGUUCAUAACUUGGUGAUGCUUGUGGUGGAAAUAUUUGCUCCAAAACUUGAUUACAAAGGACUUCGCCUGGCCAUAAUUGCCAUUUUGGAUAUGAUGACAGUGGGAUUAAUAUCAGGAGGAGUGAAUGCAGCAGUGUUCAUGGCAGAGCUAGGGAAGAAUGGGAAUUCACAUGCAAGGUGGAAUAAGAUAUGUGACAAAUUUGAUAGCUUUUGUGAUCGUGGAGGUGCUUCCAUCAUUGCUUCCUUUAUUGGCCUUCUUUUCAUGCUACUUAUUACUACCUUCUCCAUCAUCAAGCUUCUCAAACCCAUUUCUCAUCAUAAUCUACCAUAAUAUCACUUCCUCUCUAAUUGCCUUGCAUGUAAAACUUUACCACUUUAUUCCUGUGUAAUAUUAUUAUUAUUAUGAAAAAUUAUCAUGCAUCUUAUUUGAUUUAAUUA